UGUUGUGAUAAACUUAUUAAAUAGAUAAUUUUGAAUUCGUCAUUAAGGAUGGCUUUGAUGAUGCGACGUCUGAACCCUGGAGGACUGGUUCAGUUUUGCGGUUAUUGUGCAAUACCAACGCGAUGCAUGGCUGUGGCUGCAUCAAAACCGGCUGGUAAAGCUUCUUUUAAACGCACCAAAGAACAUCUGAACGUUGGUACGAUUGGACACGUGGACCAUGGUAAAACGACAUUGACUGCUGCAAUUACCAAGUAUCUGGCGGACAAGGGGCAGGCAGAGGCGAAGAAAUACGACGAGAUAGACAAGGCACCCGAGGAGAGAAAGAGAGGCAUCACUAUCAACACUGCCCAUGUGGAAUACGAGACAGAUAAGAGACAUUAUGGCCACACAGACUGUCCAGGCCAUCUGGACUACAUCAAGAACAUGAUCACAGGGGCGUCUCAGAUGGAAGGUGCAAUUCUUGUAGUGGCUGCAACAGACGGUACCAUGCCCCAGACAAGGGAGCACCUUCUGCUGGCCAAGCAGACUGGAAUCAACCGCCUGGUAGUCUACAUCAACAAGUGUGACGCAGUGGACGAUGCUGAGAUGCUGGAACUGGUGGAGAUGGAGUUGCGAGAGGUGCUGACAGAGUUCGGCUAUGACGGAGAGAACACGCCUAUCGUCAAGGGGUCCGCUCUGCACGCGCUUAAUGACAAAGAUCCCAAGCUGGGAAAGGAGUCGAUAGAGCAGUUGUUGUUGGAGCUAGAUCAAUACAUUGAGUCACCAGUGAGGGAUCUAGACAAGCCGACUCUGUUACCUAUAGAGUCCGUCUACUCAAUCACAGGAAGGGGAACGGUCAUCGCAGGCAUGGUCAAACGUGGCACCCUCAAGAAGGGAGAUCAGUGUCAGAUUAUCGGAUUCGACAAACAGUUCAAAGUCAGCGUCUCGGGUAUGGAAACAUUCAAGAAAACUCUGGAUGAGGCUCAAGCUGGUGAUAAUGCUGGAGUACUGGUUAAGGGCGUGAAGCGUGAAGAUCUGAGGCGUGGAAUGGUGCUCACGAAACCAGGAAUGUUCACUCAACACAAGAGAGUCGAGGUGCAGAUCUACCUUCUGACUAAAGAUGAGGGCGGUCAGAAUAGACCCCUGCUGGACGAAGCAGUAAACAUGAUUUACUCUUUGACUUGGAACUUCCCUGCCUAUGCUGACUUGAGUGGAAACGAGACGGCCAAGACAAUUGAGCAGAAUGUGGUUGACAAAAAGGGAAAUGAUAUGGGAAAGAAGCAUAGAAAACUGAUAAUGCCUGGCGAAGAUGCAAAAUUGGUGUUCAAAUUGACCAGAGCUAUGCCCUUUGAUGUCGGGCAGAGGUUUACAAUCAGAACAGGAGAAUUCACACUUGGAACUGGAAUUGUGACUAAGUUGCUACCUGACGACGAGUGAAAUGAAUUCACUCGAAAUUUUGGCUGCUACUGUUUUCCCUGAAUAAGAUAGUCAUCUAUGAUUAUAUAUCGACUAAUUUGGAACUUUGUGAUAAACUUGAGGUAUUUUUGAUGGAUAGUACGAAGCUUGACUUUGCAUUGAUUGUUCUGAGAAUAAAUGUUUAUAAUAUAA